GGGACCAGUGGAACAAGUUGUCCUGACAACACACAUUUUCCACGGGUGAUGUCUUGGAAAGGGUUAAGCCGCAGGAAUGCAACGCUCAGGAAUGCGCAUGCAAAUAGAUUUAUGCUAAUGACAUGCUAAUGUCCCGUUGGCUGGGAACGGAGUCAAGUCUGUCUGUCCCGGCCUAUGUGUUCAGCUAGGAACCCAAGAUGGAGGACAGGGGAACGCAAAACAUGGAUCUUUACUGAGUUUUUUCCGUCGCUUUUUAGUAUUCCACUGGAGUUUUUUUUUUUAACCGUACUUAUGGCGGAACUUUUAGAAGAUGAACAUGCCUAGGAAGGGGAAUGGCCAGCUGCCGUUACCCGACGGCUGGGAAGAAGCGAGGGACUUUGACGGCAAAGUGUUUUAUAUCGACCACAACACUAAACAAACAAGCUGGAUAGACCCGAGGGACAGGUUGACGAAGCCCCUGUCGUUUGCGGACUGUGUGGGAGACGAGUUACCGUGGGGAUGGGAGGCCUCAUACGACCCUCAGAUUGGCAUCUACUACAUCGACCACAUCAACAAGAGUACCCAGCUAGAGGACCCCCGGGCGGAGUGGAGGAAGGAGCAGGAGAGGAUGUUGAAGGAGUACCUGACAGUAGCCCAGGAUGCCCUGGUCACCCAGAAAGAGCUGUACCAGGUCAAAGAGCAGCGGCUGGCCUUGGCCCUGGAUCAGUACACACGCCUCAACGACGCAUACAAGGACAAGUCCAGCUCACGCACCAGCCUGUUCUCGGGGUCUUCGUCCAGCACUAAGUAUGACCCUGAUAUCCUCAAGGCUGAGAUCUCCACCACCAAAGUCAGGGUGAAUAAGCUGAAGAGAGAGCUCUCCCAGAUGAAACAGGAGCUCAUCUACAAAGAACAAGGCUUUGAAACCUUGCAGCAGAUCGACCAAAAACUGUGUGGCGAGCAGAGUGGAUACCGUCUGAAGGAGGCCAAGGCCAUCGUGACGGAGCUCAAGUCUCUCCGCAGGGCCAUCAGCUCUGGAGAGAAGGAGAAACAGGACCUCAUGCAGUCUCUGGCUAAGCUAAAGGAGAGGUUCCACACGGAACACAACAUGGGCCAUUCGGAACCAGACCUCCGGAACCCAGUGGGCUCCAGACAGACGCUUGAAGCCGGCUCCCAGACAGACGUCUCUGGAGAGGCUGGUUUGAGGAGCAGAUCGUCCUUGGCUGAGAAGGUUAGACUUAGUCUCCAAUAUGAAGAGGCCAAAAGAAGUAUGGCCAACGUGCAGGUGGAGCUGGCCAAGCUGGAGAGCGAGGCGUGGCCGGGGGCGGUGGACGUGGAGCGGGAACGUCUCCUCCUGGUCUCGGAGAAGGAGGAGCUCCUCAAGGAGCUGCAGUUCGUGUCGCCACGGCGACGCACCCCGCAGGACCUCCAACGUCUGGAGGCCCAGAGGCUGCAGCUGGAGCAGGACCUGCAGGCCGUCAGGAACACCCCCAGCCACGCCCUGGCCCAGAGGUUGAAGGUGCAGGAGAGGAGACGAGUCCUGGUGCAGAGACUGGAGGAAUCAACCAGACUGACCACACAGCUCCACUCUCAGCUCAAGAGUUUGUCGGCCAGUACCCUGUCCGUCUCAUCAGGCAGCAGCCUGGGUUCUCUGGCCUCCAGCCGUGGCUCCCUCAACGCAUCCUCCUCCCGCGGCUCCCUCAACUCCCUCUCCUCCGGAGACCUCUACUACACCCCUGCAGAACCCCCCUCUCCCCUGGACCUGGACUACCAGUGUAAACUGGACCUGCUCCUCCAGGAGCCCUUGACCCCCUCUGGGAUAACCUACAGACGGGGAGACCCCCCAGGAACUAUCACCACCAUCCACGAACACGAGGUGGAGAACCCACACCCACACAACACGUCGCUUCACACACACGCCGUCGGAACCGGUACCACCAACCUGGUCCCAUUAGCGCCGCUGGUUGCGGUGUCCUCGAAGCCGGCCGAGCCGUCCAAGUCAGUGACGUCGCUUUCCUCGAGGUCGUCGUUGUCUUCUCUCUCGCCGCCGAGCUCGCCGCUGGUGCAGGAGGGGGUCGGUGCGUUCCCGUCGGUGGGCCCACAGGACUUUGGGGACGGCGACGUCGGUCUGGUGGUGUCGGACUUUGGCGGUCUCAGCCUGGGAUUCUACGACGGCCAGGGGAUGGGGAUGUUUGAGCCAGAGACGGGGGAGAGGGACAGAGGAGGGGAGGGGGGGAGGGAAGGGAGAGGGGCACUGGCUACCCUCAGAGAGAGUAUCACAGACGUGGACCUCCAGAGGCCGGGGGAAGACAGGCCCACCUGUGUGUCAGCAGCCGUGUCAGACGAGUCCGUGGCCGGGGACAGUGGGGUGUACGAGGCCUCUAAUGUCAAACGUAGGUCAAUGGAGUCUGAUGAACCGGCGGUCUACCUGGAGGACGAGCCUGUCCUUCCUGAGUCUGCCCAGGUCCAGAUAGGCCUGAAAUAUGAUGCUGCCAACUCCAGUUUUGUCAUGGUGAUCAUGCAGCUGCAAAACCCUGCUGCCCUGUCAGUCCCCUCCACUACCAGAGUAUACAUCCGGGUGGCGCUCCUCCCGUCUUCCAGUGACGUCAGCAGUCUGUUCAGGACCCGUGUGGUGCCCGUGGCGCUGCCCGACAGCGUGACGUUCAACGAGGUGUUCAGGGCGGCCGCGCCGCACGCCGUCCUCCGGCACAAGACGCUCCGCGUCGACGCCUGCACCGUGGGUCCCGGAGGCACCGAGGACUGCCUGGCUGGAGCCCAUGUGAGUCUGGGAGAGCUUCCAGUGAGUGGGGAUAUGACCCGUGUGUGGUACAACCUGUUGACCAGUGAGAGGACCAGAGAGAUGGAGGCCAGCCAGGAGAGACCCGGCCCUGGGCCAGAGCAGCACCCUGCAGGGCCCGUGGACAUGGAUGCGGUGUCGGCCCUGCUGCAGAGGACCUCCAGCGAGUUGGAGGCUGUGGAACAGGAGCUGGCCUUGGAGGAGAAGGAGAGAGAGAGCCAGCUGGACAUGGACGGACACCAAUGGCUGAGCAUGCUGGGAGAGGACAGCGCUCAACUGGUCCUCGGACUGGAGGAGGAAGAAGAGGAGGAGAGGAAAGAUUCUGUCAAGGCGGAGACGAAGUUUGCUGGCUCUGGGCAGGCGUACAGAGGGGAAGAGCCGGAGGAGGAGUGUCGAGAAGAGCCAACCAGAGAGGAAGAGGAGGAGAGGAGAUAUAAAGAGAGAAUCCCUCAGGCAAAUGAAGGACCAACGCUGGUGGAUGCGGAGACGAACACAGAGAUGUGUGGUAUGGCGGUGAGGCCUAAAGACAGACCCAGCCUGGGACCAGGACCACGCAGCGCUCAGAGAGGCUUCGUACGGAACAGUAUGAUCAUGAGGUCUCAAACCUUCUCCCCUGGGGAGCGCAACCAGUACAUCUGCAGGUUGAACCGGAGCGAUAGCGACAGCUCCACAUUAUCCAAAAAGUGCCCGUUUGUCCGGAACACCUCGGAGAGACGCAGCCUAAGGGUUAAGAGGACCCUGUGCCAGCCGGUGGUGGUGCGGAGGCGUGGCGGAGCCGGGGAGACAAACACCCGGACCUCCCUGGACUUGGAGCUGGCCCUCCAGGCUUCGCGAACGCGCCAGAGCCGUCUGAACGACGAGCUCCAGGCCCUGAGGGACCUGAGGGCCCACCUGGAGGCCCUGAAGGCUCGGGGAGAGACGGCGCUGCCUGGGUCCGUUCUGCACGACCACCGGUUUCACAGGCUGCUGGAGCAGGCCGAGAGACAGGCGGAGCAGUCUAAGGAGCAGCAGCGUCAGGAGCAGCGGGCUGAGAAGCUGAUGAGGAGGGCCUCCAAAGACGUGUGUCGGCUGAGAGAGCAGAGCCAGAAGGUCCCCCUGCAGGUCCAGUCUUUCAGGGAGAAGAUGGCCUACUUCACACGCGCUAAGAUCAAUAUACCAUCCCUACCAGCUGACGAUGUAUGAUUACAUUGUGACACAAUGAAGUAUUUUUCAAACUUUUUAUAGCAGAGUUUUAAUGGUGUAGUUACUUUGAAUGAAAACAAUCGAAUAGUUUGUACACUAUAGUUUAUGCAUUUGUAUAAUAAGUUGUAAUUGAAUAAUGUCUUGUAAAAAAAA